CCUUUUCGGCCACCGUCGCCGAUAGCGCGGUAUCCUAGCGACCGCAUGUUUCGCUGUGGAAAACCUCCGUCGCUUCAUGAAACACAGUAUUUAAUGGAGCAUUUGGGGGUAUUUAUUGAGAGAUUUUGAUCCGGAAUAAAGGUAGGAAACUCGUGAACUUUAUCAUGACUUUGUUGGGCCAAAAUGGUCGCGCUGGGUCUUUGAUAUAAGUCAAGCAGAUUCCCCGCAUCGCUCACAAUAAAAGCUUGGACGUGCUACGAUCAACACCGAGCCCUGGCAAACAUCGCGAGGUGUUUCAAGUCAACACGUUUGUUUGGAUUCCCGGCGAAAACAAGAUGGAAGAGUCCAAGUUUUAUCGCAUUCACGUGGAGAAAACCCUGGCGAUCCUCAAACCUGACGUGGUCCACAUUUGUGAUGAGAUCGAAGACGUCAUUCUCAAGUCUGGCUUCUCCAUCGUGCAGAAGAGGAAGGUGCAGCUCACCCCGGAGCAGUGCAGCGAUUUCUACGCAGAUCACUAUGGGAAACUCUUCUUUUCCGCUCUGACCUCCUACAUGAGCUCAGGUCCCAUCAUCGUCAUGUCUCUGGCGCGGGAGGACGCUGUCGCCCACUGGAAGUCCAUCAUUGGACCUGCCAGUAGUGUCAAUAACCCUGCGUCCGAUCCUGACUGUUUAAGAGCCAAAUAUGGAACCACUGAUCUGAAAAAUGGUCUCCAUGGCAGCGAGUCCCAAGUGGCAGCAGAGAGGGAACUCAAAUUUAUGUUUCCAAACACUACGCUCGAGUCAUUUGUGACAAAUGGGGAUGCUGAAGAAUACCUGAGCAAAUUUGUGAAUCCGACAUUGAUAGAAGGCCUCACUGAGCUCUGUAAGCACAAGCCAAUUAAUGACUGUGUGUGGCUGGCUGACUGGCUGCUGGAACACAAUCCAAACCAUCCGCGCGCAAUUCGUGGGAAUGUUCAGAAGUAAAAAGUGCAGGAGAAUACUCACUUCAGAAAGACUUUUCCUGUUAAAAUAAACGCCACUGUCAUGACUUCAUCAAGGUUUUGCCAAUGUUUCCAUUUGCAUGAUCCACAUGUUGACGGAAAGGAGAAACUACACCUGAGCUGUAUUCAAUUCUUGAAUUGACAUCAUCAGAAC